AUGUCUGAUAGCAAAGUCUUUUUAGGUUGUAUUCCGAAUCAUGUCGAUGAAGAUGUGCUGAAGGAGGAAUGCGAGAAGCAGGGGACCAUCAAGGAAUUCUUCUACUGCCAGGACCAGGUGGGCACCGACAGAGGCUGGGCCUUUGUGACCUACGAGGAUGAGACCGAAGCCGCCGUCGCUGUGGCGAUGUUCAACGGGCAGCAGAUCUUUCCAGGAAGUGCACGGCCUUUGCAUUGUAAGUUCGCCAAUGAGAAGAUCACCAAAAUCGAGGGCACCGUCUUCGAGGCUCCAACAAAGGCGGUGACUCCUUGGCAAGAGUUCACCACACCCGAGGGCAAGCCCUACUACUACAACAGCGUCACCAAAGAGACUCGAUGGGAGAAGCCCGCGGAGCUUGGUGGACAGACCGCACCUGGAGCGCCCUCCUUACCAGCUGCAGGAAGUGGCACCACUGGACAGCUGGCGCUCACUCAGGCAGCGUUGCCCGCGAUGCAAGGAGGCAAUGGACCACCAGGAGCUAACAUCUUUGUCUUCCACGUGCCAAUCAAUUGGACGGAUGACGACUUCAAUGCGCACUUCUCUCCGUUCGGUCAGAUUGUCUCUGCAAAGAUUCAUGUGGACCCAGUGACCAAGGCCUCGAAAGGCUUCGGUUUUUGCUCCUAUGCUACGACGCAAGCUGCGACCAUGGCCAUCAAAGGAAUGAAUGGCUUUGACACGAAGCAAGGCAAGUUCCUGAAAGUCACCAUCAAGAAAGGAGAGGAGCAGUACAAUCCAGAUGCUGUCUCAGCGCAAAAUAUUCCUGUCCAGACGGGCGGCUCAACGACACCUGCAAUUGUGGGUGUGCAACCCACGGUGGCGAUGGGCGUGGACUCCUCCACCCUGGCGCAAGCUGCUUCGAAGGGUCAUCUCGUGAAGGCCAAUCCAACUCAACCACCUGCACCUUUGGCCCUCCCCGGUGGACCUCCGCAAUGA